GGUCUCCAUUUCUCGUAUACGCGUAGUGGGACCUCUCCCGUUUGGUGUGACGAAGGGUAGUUUAACUCUUUAAAGUUACUAAAAAUGGUUAAAAUGGAACAUGAUGAUGGAAAAAAUGAACCUGAACAUGUUAGGAAGUUAUUCAUUGGUGGCUUAGAUUAUAGAACUACUGAUGAUUCUCUAAAAAAGCAUUUUGAAAAAUGGGGUGAAAUUGUAGAUGUGGUUGUAAUGAAGGACCCAAAAACAAAGCGGUCCAGAGGAUUUGGUUUCAUUACUUACUCUCGUGCUCAUAUGGUGGAUGAUGCACAAAAUGCAAGACCGCAUAGAGUGGACGGACGUGUAGUUGAACCAAAAAGAGCUGUUCCUAGGCAAGAAAUUGGUAGACCCGAAGCUGGAGCAACAGUGAAAAAGUUAUUUGUGGGAGGUUUAAAAGACGAUCACGAAGAAGAAGACCUUAGGCAAUAUUUUCAGAGUUAUGGCAGCAUAAAUUCAAUCAGUAUUGUUACUGACAAAGAAACAGGCAAAAAACGUGGUUUCGGUUUUGUAGAGUUUGAUGAUUAUGAUCCCGUCGAUAAAAUUUGUCUGCAACGUAAUCACCAAAUACGUGGAAAGCAUGUUGAUGUAAAGAAGGCUUUAAGUAGAGCAGAAAUGGCUUCUGCAUCUGGCGGUGGUGGCGGCGGUAGCGGUGGUGGUGGUAGCAGAGGAGGACAAAACGUAGGAAGAGGACCUCGUGGUGGCAAUCAGGGUGGUGGUAACUGGGGAGGACGAGGAAGUGGUGGUGGCGGUGGCGAUUGGAAUAACGGUGGUAAUCAAGGUGGUUAUGGGGGAGGUAAUCAAGGAGGUUGGGGUGGUAACGGCCCGUGGGAGAAUCAGAAUCAAGGUAAAGGAGGUGGAUGGGGAGGACAAGGAGGUCAAGGCGGAUAUAACAGCGGUGGCAAUUGGAGUAACGACAACUUUGGAGGAGGUUAUCAACAAGGUUAUGGCGGUGGCCCUGUGCGGAAUAACUUCAACUCUGGAGGAAGACCAGCACCUUAUGGACCUAUGGGUGGCGGAAAUUCUGGAGGAGGUGGAGGAGGUGGUGGUGGUGGUUACGGUAAUCAAGGAGGCUAUGGCGGCAGUUCUCUUGGAGGUGGAAAUAUGGGAGGUGGUGGAGGUGGUGGCGGAAGGAGAUACUAAGCACAUUAUCCAUGCUCAGCUCCCUCACAUGGUGAACCUUCUACUUGUCUUCUAGUCGCCAGUACUUCUGUACUGUUUAGUAUUGGAGCAGGCAGGGCUAUAAGGCUAGAGACAAGACCAGGCAGGACAAUCAGGAUACAGGACAGAGAAGCGUCAUCUAGUAGAUCACAGUGAGGGAGGCUUUUGCUUGUAUUUCUUUUGGUAUCUAGCACCUACCUACCAUAUAUAUUUUACAUAUUCUACACUUAUGUGAAAAUACUGCAUCAUACAAUUCUAGACUGUGCUUGCACGUAUUGUGUAGCACGUAUGAUAUCCGAAGAAAAAAAACGCAAAUAAUUAUUAACAUUUUAUUCGCGUCACGACCGAAAAACAAGAGACGCGUUAAAUUCAUCAUUCAGUUGCUAUAUCUAGGGAUACAUCCGUGCCAUCCAACCAUUAAAAAUGUGUAAUUCUUUGCUACAUCCUCUUUUGUAACAUAUUUAAAAGUGAUUAGAGAUAUAGGAUUAUGCAGUAGAGAUUGGAAAGCACGAUUGUUUCUCUAAUUUAGUAAAAAAGCAUAUUGACACAGUGGUCCAUGUAAGAAUCUAGGUUUUACUAUGUUGAUGCAGACUUUUAUUUCGUAAUAAGAAAGGUGAUUCUUAUACAGACCCAAAAUCUCAGGAUAAAUGAAAAUCACAUGAAAAAAUGUUAAUAUGGAAUGAAUCAGUGAAUUUAAAAGGACGCUCAGAUAGCACGAACAUCAGUUAGCAUUUUUUUGUAGGUUACCUAGAAUAACGAAUUAUUUUUUAAGUUGUAAUGUUUUAAGAGUUAGCUAAUAAAAAUGACCAGAACCUUUUCCAUGCCACUCUUUAAUUUAUGAAAUAAAAUUUCAAUAGUAUAGGAUAAGGCAGAGUACAAGAACUUGUAUGAGAUAAAGGAAAUAGGGAAAAUAUAGCUGUUUAGCUAGGUAAGGGCACAUCUAAUCAAUUGAUAUAC